AUGUGGAUGGGUGUUGGCUCAUAUUGGGGAUUAGGAGUGGUUAUACGAAAUCAAUUUGGUAAUGUGGUAGCAGCUAGAACAAAAAAAUUGAGAGCUGCGCAUGGUCCUGAUUAUGCAGAAGCAAGGGCUAUCAUGUUGGGUCUUCAAGUGGCUUUGAAAUGUGGCUAUUUUUCUGUGAGAUUGAAAUCAGAUUGUCUUGGGGUUGUGCAAUCCAUAUUGCAGAAACGGUCCAAUAGUUCUUACUUUGGUGUACUGUUGAAACAAAUUAUUAACUUAGGUAGUCAGUUUGGUGUUUUUAAUAUUUGUCAUAUAGGUAGAAAUGCUAAUAGGGUGGCACAUUAG